AUGAAUUUUUAAAUCCUUGGACUUCUGUCAUAAUUGCCAUCUAAGAAAUAUGUUAGGAAAUUAUUUGAAUACGCUUAUUUAUUUAGAAACAAACUCAACUCAUUUUAAGAAUUUAUGGAAACACCUGUGAGUGCUUCAUUGCCUUAAGAUUUAUAAAUGACUGAGAAAUAAGCUCAUACACUCAUAAUAGGGUUGGUAAAACUCUUAGAGAAUGCAGAAUUACUUCAAUGGAAUGAGUAAGCCAUUUUGUAGCUAUUUCCAUCGACUUUUGAUUAGCAAUUAGCUAAAUUGUUGACAGAUUCUAUACUUUAAAUCUCCGAAUUGUGCGAUAAAAUUACAAAUAGAGAGAUCUGUUAGGCAGAUUCACUGAUUGACAUUGAUUGGAGAGUGGAUAUAUAAAUUUAGACGCAUAAUUAAUAGAAGGUUAAUAUGCCAGUCUUGUUUUUAUAAUUGGAGACUCUGAAUACUUAGAAAAAUACAAAGGAGAAUGUGACAUUUCAGCUUAAUUAAAAUGAAGUUAAUAAUUUUCACAACAAUUUGUGUAAAAUAAAAGAAUAAUUAUAAACUUUAGCUUAGUGA